AUGUAUUUUCAUGUUUUAUCAAAUUUGAAUAAAUUCCUUUUAUAUUUUACAUUAUUUCUUUUACAAUCAUUAUUAGUUUAUUCUAAAGGAGGAGGAGGGGGUGAGGGUAGUAGUCCAUCAUCUAGUUCGUAUAGUGGCAGUUCAAGUUCAAGUUCAAGUUCUUACACAUCAUCAUUAUGGGUCUUUUGGUAUUAUGAUGACAGCGGAGUUAGAAAAUGUGGAAAUUACUGCAUAGUUAUGUUUUCUAUUGUCGGAUUUAUAAUCUUAUGUAGACAAUUUUACAAAGAUGAUCGUAUACAUGAUGAUUAUGAAAGUGCUUUUGAAGAUUUUAUGCGUGAACAUGAGAUAGCAACAAACAAUCAUAAUCGAAAUCAAGUAGAGUUACAAUAUCCUCCAUUAGCUCAUACUACUCCUGUAAAUGAUCCUCCACCAGCUUAUGAUACUGCAUAUGGAGAAAAAUCUCAGUUACAUGGUUUAAGACAUAAUGCCUCUUACGAAGCUUACAAGGCCGGUAGACAAUUUACACGAGAUAAUCCACCUAAUGAAAUAUUACCGCCAAGAGAACAUAUUGAUUAUAUUUUAUCAAAUGGAGGUGCUAAAGCUUGGAAAAUGGUAAUAUUUACUAAUGAUGCGCCGGAUGGUUCUGGUAGUACUUCCGCGUUUAAAGACAUGGUAAAUGUAUCGGAUGACGGACCAACUUCGAAUAAUAUAUCAUCGUCAAAUUUACCACCAGAUUAUGAACAAAGUACUUCAUCUGAAAAACAAAUUACAUCAUUAAAUUCGGAUCAGAGUUCAGGAUCUUGGUUUUAUUAUUUUGAAAUAACAAUAAUAUCAAAUCCUAAAAAAAAAGAUUCAACUCUAGCUAUUGGACUAACCACUAAGCCAUACCCUAGUUUUAGAUUGCCAGGGUGGAAUAACCAUUCUGUUGGAUAUCAUUCAGAUGAUGGACAUAAAUUCAAUAAUGAUGGUCUUGGAGGGCGAAAUUAUGGUGAAAGAUGGGGUGAUGUUGGUGACGUAAUCGGAUGUGGUUAUUACCCUGAUACAGGUAUUGUGUUCUUUACAAAAAAUGGAGUAUCUCAGGGUAAUGCGUUUUUAGGGUUAAAACAUAUCUGGUUCCCAACCGUUGGUGCUGAUAAUAAAUGUAAAAUUGAAGUUAACUUUGGUGAUGGAGCAAAAGAAUUUCGAUAUAGAGAAGCUAGGGGAACGAGCGUUUCAGGGCCAAUAAUAUUACCUCCUAAUGGAUAG